CCUGCCCAUUGCGAUAGUGCCCACCUCUGUCCUCAGCAAAGGCAUCUUAGCAAACUACAUCAUUUCAUGGUUUAUUACAGUCAACUGUUCGCUGUGAUUUUUUCGGGUAUUGCAAAUUUCUGUGUUGUCUGAGGGUAUGGUGUUUGGGCGUGUUUGCUAUGAUUUUAUAGGUUAGUAACUGAUGCGUGCCUCGCGCGCAGAAAACAUUUGUAGUAUGAGGGACAACGAUAUUAUAUAUUUUUAAGAUAACAUGUUCAUGUAUAUUGUAGUUUGUAUAUGUACGUACAAAAGAUAGAAAAGUUGGAUAGAUCCAUUAGUUGGUUCCGAAACAAACAAACUGAUCUAAAAAUAAAGUUUGGUUCGGAGGGAAAUGAAGCAAACUUAAGGUAUUCAUGCCUGAAUCUAGCCUGCAUGGGCAUUGCGGCUGCGUUUGAUGGGUGAGGCGAGAGAGGGAAGGUGCUUCGAGCGGUGGUUUGUGUACGUACAUGACAUCGUUUGGGAGGUGUUUGAGGCUCCUGGAGUCGAUCCGUGCGGGCACCACAGCGGCGUUUGAGGGGAGAGGGGAAAGGGCUACCGGCCAUGUGAGGCCGAUAUCUAACCGUCUCAAUGUUCAGUUAACUAUCUAGGCAUCUCGUAAACAGUGUAAUUUUCUGUGCUCAGUGAACUCUAUGUUUAUUGACCUCAGUACCUCAAUGUUCAGUUUAUCUAUUUUUUUAACCGAAGGCUUAAGGAUGGCCUAAUUGCUUUCAUAUUUGAUUUCAGCUUCCAUCUUGAGUAUUCAAUAUAUGAUAUAUCUAACUUUGUGAAUUCUGAGUAACAAAAAAAUUAGUAAAUUAUUUAUUCUAUAAUGCGGGAGGUAAAGAGGGAGACAAUGCUGGGGAGCGUAUGUCAUGGGCAUCAUAGGGAGCGAGAGGCAACAACCAGGCUGGGAUAAGGCUAGAGAACAAGAUUGAGAUGAGCUGGGAUAAGGCUAGAGAAUAAGAUUGAGAUGAGAGAAUUGUGGAGAGUUGGUUAGCAGCAGAUAAGUCCAAGAAAGUAGGAGUUAGUUGAGAGUUUGUAGGAGAAGUUGGUUAGCCAUAGGGCUAUUUAUAAGCCACAUGGCAACAGAGAAUAAAUCAAGCUAGAUCAUUAUCAAAUCAAUCUCUCUCUCUCUUGCAAUGACCCUCUCAAGCGCCUAGGGCUGCUACCCUAGAACCAAGCCUGCGGCAGAGGGGUAUAACCUCGCCGGAGAAGACAGCUAUCCCCAUGGACCUUCGGUCCAUGACACCUGGUAUCAGCUCCAGGUUAUCCUCACCACCACCAGCCGCCCAUCCCUCACCACCACCAGCCGCCGCGCCAUCUGUCGCCGCAACGCCCUCCCAUCCGCCCUCUCCAACUCUAGAUGCAUUCACUCGGCUCGAAGAGAAGUGGGAUCAAUUCGUUGUGAUGUUCCACCGCUACAAGGAGAAGACAGAGAAGGAACUCCAUGCAGCGGUGCGGCUUCAGGCGGCAGCGCGAGGGUUCCUGGCACGCCGCCAGGUACAGUCCCUUCGUGGGGAGAAGCACCUUGCUGUGGCCUCCAGGGCCACCCCAUGGCCGUCAUCACAUGAGCAGGCCGUGGUGCGCCUGCAAGCCGCAGUGCGCGGCUUCCUUGUUAGGCGGGCGGUGCGGAAACUGCACUUGCUGAUCAGCUCAUCGCUGCACCAACUCGCAGCCUGCGCGCCCAACCACCAGGUCUCGUCUAUACUUUUUGAACCCCCUACAGAAGUCGAGAUCUGGGUAUGCAAUCCCCCUGCACGGCCAAAGAGGGUCGUCUCCUUCAUUCGGGCAACUGCCUUGGUGCUGGACAGACCCAACAUAAGAACGGGCUGGUUCCUCCUUCACCUUUCAUCCAACGUGAAGUCCGCAGUUCAGCUCUUUCCUUGGGAUCCAGGAGGACAGGAGGACAUAGCUACAGUUCAAAUUUAUAUUUUAGUUCCACAAUUAUUUUGUAUUUUCGUCUUAAAUAAUAAAGGUAAGCCGAGAUGUAAAAGGCUUAACCUUAAAUCGUGUCAGGUAAGUCUAUGGCAGCUCGAGGACGAGCUGGUCCUCAAGGGAGGGGGAGAUGUCAUGGGCAUCAUAGGGAGCGAGAGGCAACAACCAGGCUGGGAUAAGGCUAGAGAACAAGAUUGAGAUGAGCUGGGAUAAGGCUAGAGAAUAAGAUUGAGAUGAGAGAAUUGUGGAGAGUUGGUUAGCAGCAGAUAAGUCCAAGAAAGUAGGAGUUAGUUGAGAGUUUGUAGGAGAAGUUGGUUAGCCAUAGGGCUAUUUAUAAGCCACAUGGCAACAGGGAAUAAAUCAAGCUAGAUCAUUAUCAAAUCAAUCUCUCUCUCUUGCAAUGACCCUCUCAAGCGCCUAGGGCUGCUACCCUAGAACCAAGCCUGCGGCAGAGGGGUAUAACCUCGCCGGAGAAGACAGCUAUCCCCAUGGACCUUCGGUCCAUGACAGCGUAACACGCCGUUUUUUAGUUAUGGAGCUUGUCAUGAAUAACUAUGAGGCUCUGGGUUUUUUCCUCACACUGGAGAGGCAUUAUUGUACCCAGUUAGCCUGCAGAUGCACAAGAAGUCCGCUUCUAGUAUGAUAAUUUAUGAUGUGCAAAUGAAAUUUGUGAUGAGGGAAUGGAUGAUGAACCCAAAUUAUUGCACUAAAUCUUCUAAUUGCAAAAUUGAAAAAGUGAUAGACACCAAAACGUUUACAUUUCCAACGAAAAGCAAGUUGCAAACCUGAAUAGGUAUUCAUCUUCACAAGAAAAAACAUCAAUGCAGAUACUAAAACACCAAUCUGACGCUGGAAAAAAUCAAAUACAAAAUUAUUGUUUAGGUGAGCAACGGAAAGAAAAGUGUCGCUCAGCUCUAGACUACCUGGAGCAGUGGAGCUGCAAUUGGAUUUGUAAGCACUGGUGCGUGAAGCACAUACCUUCCGCUGCCCGAACCUAGGUCUCACCAGCUGGGUGCGCCUUCCUAUCCAUGAUGCCGACUUCCGAUGGGGCUGAUCCGUGUUCAUGGGUCCAGGUGGAAUUGCAUAUGAUGGUCCGCCGUUUGUCCUCCCAAGUGCAAAUAGAGACGGCAGCCUGUCAAUUGCUAUCUCGUCGUAGGCUGAGCACAUGGAGAAGUUCAGGAAGCUAAUCCGCGAUGCUUUAAUCGGUUCCAACUAUUGAAGGAGGAUGUUAUAGGGCGAGAAGCUCUAUGGCUCUAUGCCCUGCCCAAAUUCUCAGAUAAAAUACUAAAGUUUCAAGUGAGAUCAAAUUUUGAAGACUUGCAGAGUAAAUUCAUGGUCAUCUCAUUUUGUGAGAUCAAAUAUAAAGAAAGGGUAUAAAUUAUAUGAAGAAAAAUAGUAAAAAUCAUUGUUAGGAACAAACUCCUAAAGCAGUAUCUACUUGUACUCGAAGGCAUAGUUGAGUUCGAGCUGCGAUUGCAACAGAUUAUACUCUACCAGUUUGACUGAGGUCUUCUUAGUGGCGAAUCUUGGAUCUUCUGCAGGUGUUGGUAACAACAGGUGCAGCAACCAAAAGAAAAGUCAAGGUUUACUGUUUAUUCGGCACACUUAUGCAGAAUGCAUGAGGACUUCUGCAUAUUAUAUAAGUAUAAAAAAAUUAAAAUAAAAGCUCCUGCAAAAUUAUACGGAUAUGUGACAUCGGAAUUCCAAUAGAAAACGAUGGAGAAAAUUGAAGGAAGCAAUAAGCAGAGCGUACAGCAGGACUGCAGGAGCCGAGUUGCAAAGGGAAAGAGAGAGAGGUAGCUGACCUCCCAGGCGAUGGAGCAUUCCUGAUUGAUGUCCUUCUCGCCGCUUCGCGAGGCGACGACGGCGAGUGUCUCCAAAGCCGUCACUCCACAGGGUGCUCAAUAUCCCAGCAUCAACGACAUGGUAUCAAUAAUCCCGGCUUGAGUGAAGGUACGCUCAAUCCAAGAUCGAGAGGUUGAAACCCUAGCUAAGAGUAUGCAUUAUUAGGAAAGGAAUGGCUAUGACGUGUUAAUCAAACAUGCACAAAAUGUGAAGACGAACGGAGCGUACAAGGAGAGGGAACACACUGCCGCCGGUCCCUGCCGUUGCGUUCGGAGACGCUGGAGACGACAGGCCUUUUGGAAGGCCCUUUUGGAAACAACAGGAAACUGGGGUGGAGGUAUUCGUACAGUAUACGCCUUAUUGGAAUUGGAACUUUCCAGGCGUAUGUAGCCUUUUGGAAACGAUAAGAAACUGGGGUGGAGGUAUUCGUACAGUAUACACCUUAUUGGAAUUGGAACUUUCUAGGCGUAUGUAGGCGUGGGCAGGCUGAGAAGCAGCCUCAGUCGUAGAUGAAAUAUCGUGCGAACCCUAUUUUUUCGCCGACGUGGACGAACGUGGCCGCACAUUUGCGUCACGCUUUGUAUAUUAGUAAUUUCGGGUAAAUUGGGUAUACCCGAAACUGUGGGUACCCUAAAUUGCGGUUAGCGUUUUGGAAUGGUUGCGAUCAGGUAACAAAUUCUAUUACCCGAAUUUUACAUUACCCGAACUACUCGACUUGAACUAAUCGGGUAACCCGAACGCCCAGUCUUAGGCCAUGACUACCGUAGAAUUGGUCUAAAAAAGUACCCCUCAUUUUCAGCUCACCUCCCUCAGCUCUCCUGUACGGCUGUACCCUUGGGCCUUCUUGGCUUCACCUGUACGCACGAACGCGCCGCCUUCGCGCCUCCAAGCAUCCAGGUCUCGCCCAAGCGCCCGUCCUCCUCCUCUAGACACUGCCGCACGACCGCACCGCACGGUAGCGCUCCGGACGCUACCCUGCUCUACAACAUUGCCCUGGACCGGCUGGACAUCGUUCGCCGAGUCUAGUCCCACCCCGGUCGUCGCCCUGCCUCCAAAUUCACCAGCUCCGCCCGAUGGCCGGCGUCGAGUACCAGACGGCCACGUGAGCCUUCAGCCACCUCCCGGCGGCCGAUGUCCAGCUUCGGCUCGCAGUGCUUCUGCGGUUCUGCCUAGCGCCUGCUUCUGCUCGCAAUGCUCGACUAUGGGCUGCCCAUCUCUAGCCUUGAGACAGAGAGUCGGAGACUCUAGUGCCCCUGCUAGCCUGCCCUCUGGUUUUGUGCGUCGGGAAACCAGUGCCAAUGUGGCGGCGUCGUAGGCCGCGGAAGCCAUCUCGGGCGUCGAGUACGUGACGAGGCAGAUCCUGCUGGGUUUGCGCAGCUCGCGGCCGGAUCUCCGAUACCACUUGAUGAACGUAUGGAGAGAAGAGAGGGGCAUCCUCACUUCUAGUAUUCGUAGCAAGAGAGAGACAGAGAGAGAGACAGUGAUUAAUGGCCUGCGUCCUAAAUUUAAGCUAGGGCCUGGCAGUAAUUCAAUUUUUUUUUUGUAAUCUAGCAAAUCUUGAUACGGACCAUUGCUAGUACCUCCUUGCAUUGCGUUGAUAAAGGUGUAGCAUUGUAGACCUUGAGGGUCAUGGUAUUAUUACUCCUGGAUUUCUAGUUGUUACUUGACAACUGAAUAUGCUUUGUUACUUUUCUUGUCAAACAACUGAAUAUGAAAUGGCUGUCAAACAAGAUGUUUUGUUGAUUUUCUCUUGUUGAGUUGAAUGGCUGAAGUCAUCAUCUAUAGUUGUACAGUACAGUAGCAUAUGACAUUGUGUAUAUGACAGCUUGUUAGUGCUGCCAUUGCUGUAUAGCAGCUUGUUAGUACUGUCGUUGCUGUCAAACAGGUGUUACAAGUGUCUUUAUUCCAGGCUCAAACGAACGAGCUAUUCUGCAGUUUUUGUAUUGAUUCCAGACCUGAAUUCAUCAUUGACCAAGUUUCGGUGAACCAACUGGAUGCACUAUAUCCGGGCCAGGAACAGAAACGUGCAUGAUUUUAAUCCUACACAAACGAACGCGGCCUUAGCAAUUUUGUUAAUUUGUUUGUAUCCAAUGGCCGUUGCUUGGGUGAUUUUGCUUCGAUCCGUUUUGGAUCGGCGUAUCUUUCGCUGCUAGUACCUUUUGGAAGUCAAGGAGUGCUGUCUUUCGCCUGAUCUACCUAGACAAGAGUACACUAUGCGCCUUUUGUUGAAUCAGUGACUUCUAUUUUGGUUAAGAAGCACCGAUAGCCCCCUGCUCUGUUGAGGUUCGACGCAGGGGGGACAAAAAGCGACAUAAGGGUAUCUAUGGUGCAUGGUUAAUGGAUCAGGCAGGGGCUCUAUAACUUUAUGGAAGCCAGCGAUUUCCCGCAGGGUCAUGUCUUCUGCCCACACCAUCAUCUCACUGCUGUUUUCUUUGAUGUACUGCUCGCUCAGUUACGUUUGCUGCUCUCAGUUAAUCUGUUUAGUCACACUCUGAAUUCUGUUUCGAAGCAAAAUGAUGAGACUGGAACACCUGAAUGUUAUCAUGUGGAGAGCACACAUAUGGUCUUCAAAUUUCUCUGGUUGCUUUCUAUGUGUACCCUGUACCUUUCAUAUCCGAUCCAUGUUUGUCUAGUGGAGUAAUGUGUUCUAUUUUCUUUGACCAUGCCAUCUAAAUAAUGGUACUAGUUGUGCUCGAGUCUGAACUGUAGUGUUUAGUCACUGAGAGGCAACAUGAAGAUGCCUUGUAAUCUGAAGCUAUCUGAUGUUGAUACAUACAUUCAUUGUCUUCAAAGUUCUCUGAUUGCUUUCUCUGUGUACCCUGUACCUGCAUAUCCGAUUGACGUUUGCAUAGUGCACUAGUGUUCUAUAUUCUUUAUGCUAUCUGAAUAUUGGUACUAGUUGUGCUUGAGUCUGAACCGUAGUGUUUAGUCACUGAGAAGCAGAAUGAAGAGGUGUUGUAUUCUGAAGCUAUCUGAUGUUGAUACAUACAUUCAUGGUCUUCAAAGUUCUCUGAAUGCUUUCUCUAUGUACCCUGUACCUGUCAUAUCCGUUCGCAGUUUGUCUAGUGCAGUAGUGUUCUAAUUUCUUUGACUACAUCUGAAUAUUGGUACUAGUUGUGGUUGAGUCUGAACUGUAGUGUUUAUUCACUGAGAAGCAACAUGAAGAAGCCUUGUAAUCUGAAGAUAUCUGAUGUUGAUACGUACAUUCAUGGUCUUCAAAAUACCUAUGUCUCCUUAUCUAAAUGAUUCUAGGUUAUGUUCUGUUUCUUUUCUGCCUGAAGCUAUAGAUUUAGAUUAGUUUUGUAUGUCAAGAAGCAAAAUGAGGUCAUAUGAUCUGAAUUGUCCGAUAUUCAUGCAUCAUCCAUGAUCUAAUCCACUACAAGUGUAGUAUACAUGUAUCAUGCCUACAGACCUUUUUUUUAAAGUGAUGGUGUGCAUGUUGCUUUGCUUUGUUGAGCUAAUCCAUUACAGGUGUAGUAUACAUGUAUCAUGCCUACAGACCUUUUGUUGCAGCGAGAAUUCAGACUGCUGCGCGCCUUCAUCCCCUUCCCGGCGGCCGACGUCCAACUCCGCCUCACAGUGCUUCUGUGGUUCUGCCUAGCGCCUGCUCCUGCUCGUAGUGCUCGACUACGGGCUGCUCUUCUCUAGCCUUGAGACAGAGAGUCGGAGACUCCAGUGCCCCUGCUAGCCUGCCCUCUGGUUUUGUGUUAAGUGUGGGGGUGAUGAUGAGCCACCGGAGGCGUUCUCGCGCUGCCGGCUCGCCGCCUAGUGACGCCAGUACGGGUACAGCCCCUACUCCUGAGAAGUCGGGAUGGAUCCGGCCGUGGGCAGCGACAGGGUCGGACCUUAAGGUGCUGGAGCUUGCGCUGGCGUUCCGCGCGGCCAACGCGUUGCUCGUGCGCACAUACUUCAACCCCGACGAGCACUGGCAGUGCCUCGAGGUCGCCCACCGCGUCGCGUUCGGGUAUGGUCAUCUCACGUGGGAGUGGAAGCGGGGCCUGCGCAGUUAUCUCCACCCGUUGAUCUUUGCUGCUUUGUACAAGACCCUGGCGCUACUCCAUCUGGACACUCCGUGGGUUAUGGUGAUGGCUCCACGUCUCGUGCAAUCUUUGUUUGCAGCUUUUGGAGAUCUAUACCUAUAUAAACUUUCCAAACUUAUUUUCAAUGGUCAAGUUGCUAAGUGGACGUUAUUUUCUCAGUUGGUUAACUGGUUCAUGUUUUUCUGUAUCACACGGACUCUAUCAAACAGCUUGGAGACUGUUUUGACCGUGGCUGGACUCUAUUACUGGUUUGCUGCAAUAGAGUCUUCCAAGGCAACUUCAAUCGUUUCAAAGCAGCAUGCGGCCUGUGAACAAAGUAUCCCAUCAAGAAAAGUGGCUCUUCUGAUAGCAGCCUUAUCAUGUGCCAUUCGGCCAACAAGUGCUGUAACAUGGCUAUAUGUUAGCCUUUUGGAUUUUAUUCAGAUGAAAUCAAAAUGUUGCUUUAUCCUUCUUGAUGUCAUUCCAGUAGGGGCAAUUGUCCUUGCUGUAACAACACUCCUUGAUUGGUGGAUGUAUGGUUCCUGGGUCAUAGUGCCGCUUAAUUUUUUGAAAUUCAACUUAUUGUCUUCCGGAGGAGACUACUAUGGAACACAUGUCUUUCAUUGGUACUUUACACAGGGUUUUCCAUCCAUGAUUUGGACAUUCUUACCAUUUGCAUUGUGCGGCAUUGUAAAGUCUCAGGAAUGGAGGCUUUCAGGUCUAAUUGCUUGGGUAUUAGGGGUUUACAGCAUUCUUGGACAUAAAGAAUUCAGGUUUGUUCUUCCAGUGCUACCUUUAGCAUUGAUGUUCUCAGGUUACUGCUUAGCUUCCAUGUCACGGUCCAAGGGCAAAAAUCAGCAUAGGAAAGAUAGUCUUUCAAGGAUGCAACCUUUUGUUAUUCUUCUCGUCAUAACCAACGUUCCCAUGGCUUUAUAUAUGUCCUUAUUCCAUCAAAGGGGAACAGAAGACGCUAUGUAUUAUUUGUCAAAAGAAGCCCAUGAUGGAAGAGUGAGGAGUGUUCUCUUUCUCAUGCCUUGUCAUUCAACACCUUACUACUCAACCUUACAUUACAAUCUACCUAUGCGUUUUUUGGACUGCACUCCUAGUGAUAGCAAAGGGACCUUGGAUGAGUCAGAUCGUUUCCUUACAAGUCCAUCUGAGUUUGUCGGCGAGGUUUUUGGAAAUUUAUCUGCAUUCAGUCACAUUGUAAUAUUUGAGUCAGAAGAAAGACAUGUUCUCCAGUUGCUUCUGCACAAUUCCUUUCUUGAGAUGAGGAGGUUUUUCCACUCACAUUUCAAGGUUGACAGAGACCUUCAGUCGGCUGUUGUGGUUUAUUCACGGAGGAAUGUGCUCUGAUUUAGUACUGAUGUGGCAGAAAAUGCCUGUUAGCUCGUGUAGCAAUCCCCACACGUUCAUGUUGUUUCAGCUUUUCACUUGAGAAAUGAGAUGUAACACUGCCGGAUACUUCUGAUGUAUUAAACCCCUUUGAACGAGAUGUUACGUUACUUUUACUCAAGUGCUUUACAACGACAAUAACAA